AUGGCUGAAAAAGAAUCUACACUAUCACACCUUCUGGUCCCUAUUCUUCUCUUGAUUGGCUGGAUUGUGGGCUGCAUCAUAAUGGUUUAUGUUGUCUUCUCUUAG